AGCUUUACCCCGAAUGAGAACCUAGUUAAAUGCGGGAUGUUGGUCAAUAUUACCUCAGGGCUCGGCAUGAUAUUAGCUAUUUGCUCCGACUGUUUUUUUAUCAUCAGGACGUAUGUGUUCUGGAACAGAAAUAAAAUCUUGCUCGCGGCCAUCCUGGUCACCUAUUUCUUGUGUCUCGUAGGAUCCGUCAGCAUUAUCGUCGACACUACCGUCUCCGCAGCCUAUGUGACUAUCCCGAUCCUGGGCAUCACAGGGUGCUACCAGAGUUCAACCAGUGACCAGAUUUUUAUCCCAUUUGUUCUCUUUUCUGUGUUCGGACUGGGUAACCAGGAGCAUAUGUGUGUACCAACAGGCGCUGACAGGUGUUCUCCCCAGGACUCAUGAUCCUCACGCUCAUACGUGCCAUAUAUAGCUGGCGGAGAAACACAAGCCGUCUGUACAUUGUCCUGAUGAACCAUAACAUAUUAUAUUAUGCUUGCGUUUUCCUAUUCUCAGUAAUGAACAUCUUCACAUCGUUGCUCCUCCAGGAAACAGGACUCCUAUCAGACCGUUUUGGAUGG